AUGUCCUACGAGAUGAAUAACGCAGCCUACCCCUACCCGCCUCCAGCGGCUCCCGUCGUCGUCCCCGCUAAGAGCCGGUUCUCGAAAUGGUGGCCCAUCUCUUUCUUCAUCGCCGCCGUCCUCUUUUUUAUCAUCGGCGGUGCUCUUGUUGGGGCCGGAGCGUCCUCGUCAUACAGCUGCCUUGGUUCCGAUUAUUACUACUCAUCAUACUCAUCAUGCGGUUCCGACGGAAUGUGGUAUGGCGCAAUUGCUUGCUUUGUUCUCGGCGGACUUUGCAAGUUGACAGCUUGGAUCCUCCUUAUUGUCUGGUGUGUGAAACGGAGCAGCCGCCAGCCAACCUCCGUCGCCUAUACAUACCAACCCCUUACGCACGCCAACGCCCCCGUUGCCCCUACUGCCGGCAUCCCCGCAUACCAAAACACGGCGUACCAGAACGCACCGCCCUACCAACCCGCCCAACCACCCGCCGCUGCUCAUUCUAAGGAACACUCGGCAAUGGGCACAAAAUACUGCGGUCAAUGUGGUCAGGGGGUUACAACCCCUUUCUGCCCUCGUUGCGGGAUUCAGGUCUAG